AGGGGGCAAUGUAGCAGUUGUUAUGGACAUGGCCCUGCAGUGGCCUCUGCGUGAAUCCUCGCUUACACGCUUCCUCAGUAAGUUGGUCCAUCUUUCGAAGAAAUGCACCCUCUUCCUGAAUUGUCACCUGCGGUUCAGGUUGAUUCGCUCGGUCAGAAAUGAAGAUGGACUCCCCCAACACGGUCAUGCUCGCGAUCCCUUUCUUCACAUCAAUAACCGUGCUGGUGGUCGCCAUAAAGGGUCGCCCGAGAAGGAUG